AGAAUUUUAUCUUCUUAAGAAGAAAGAAAAUCAAAACAAAGUAAAAUGACAGUACUUCUCCGCUGCUCUUGCUUCCAUCCCCGCCCAUACUCCGCCGUUCCUCCUCCACCGUCCGAUCACAUCAUCUCCGGCAAUACCCAGCUCCCCGGGAAUUUGGAUUCAGUUCUUUUGAAAGUUGAGAACUUUUCUUCAUUAAGAGAAGUUUCUAGUUUGUUGCCUGUUUUUCGGUUUAAAGAUGGAUUGCAAAUGUCGCCUUUUCAUCGACAAUUCUUUCCAAAUUUAUCAGCUCAUCAGGAAAACUCAAAAUUAAGAUCCUCAGUGACGGCAUUUCUUGUUAGUAAUGCUUUGAUGUGGACUGCCCCUUUUGAGGCUUUGGCUGAAACCUGUGAAGCUGAUAACUCCAUUUUCAGUAUGCCACUACUGCUAUUUGUGGCUCUUGUAGGAGCCACUGUUGGAGGGUUGCUCGCUCGACAGAGGAAAGGGGAGUUGCAAAGGCUGAAUGAACAAUUGCGCCAGAUCAAUGCAGCUUUAAGAAGGCAGGCUAAAAUUGAAUCAUAUGCUCCCACCUUGAGUUAUGCUCCUGUCGGAAGUCGUAUACUAGAAGAAGAGGAAGUGAUUGUUGAUCCGAGAAAGCAUGAGUUAAUUUCUAAGUUAAAAAGCGGAAAGAAUUUUUUGAGGAAUCAAGAUCCGGAGAAGGCAUAUGUAGAGUUUAAGACGGCUCUUGAGCUUGCUCAGAGUCUGAAGGAUCCAACAGAGCAAAAGAAGGCUGCAAGAGGCUUAGGGAGCUCGUUGCAAAGGCAGGGUAAGUAUCGUGAAGCCAUUAAAUAUCAUUCGAUGGUUCUUGCCAUCUCCGAAAGCGCAGGAGAAGACUCUGGAAACACUGAAGCAUGCGGGGCAAUAGCUGAUUGCUAUACUGAACUUGGUGAUCUUGAACAAGCUGGGAGAUUUUAUGACAAGUACAUUGACGGAUUAUCAAAAGACUAAUCUGUUUGUUGCCUCAUACUUUCAUAGUUUCAUCCUUUUGAGUGUAGUAGAUCUUGUUUGUUAUCAUAGGCUGUGCAAGCAUUACAGACCUGAGUUUUUUUUAUCAAUUCGACCUUUCAAUAUGACAAAAUCCGUGACUACCUCAUAUCAGCUCAUUCGAUCAGGGGUGCAUUCAUUAUGCUCCAAUUGAACUAUGAAUUUAAUUUUGUUUUAAUUUUUUA